AUGGAAGAAAUCUUGAACAUUCAAACACCGGUUAUGUUUGAUGAGUCUGUCGCCCACGACGAGACUCACUCACACAAACCGUAUGCCUCUUCGAGUUUCAAUAACAGCGAUGAGAUAAGGAUAGCCGUACAACAUCAAGAUCUCACCCUACUACCGAGCAAGAGCUCGCUGCAUGUUUACGGUAAACUUAUGAAAACGGAUGGAACUGUAGCGGUGGCUACAACUCUCGUAAACAAUGCAAUCUGUCAUUUAUUCGAAGAAGUGCGCUACGAAUUGAAUGCUAUAGAAAUCGAUAUUAGCAAAAAUGUAGGUCUCACCAGUCUGAUGAAAGGCUACGCUUCUCUGAAUCCCAGUCAAGCUUGGUUAAUGGAGAAUGCGGGUUGGUUAGAUGUUGAGGAACGGAAUCAAAAACUGACCGAUCCUAACGGAUAUUUUGAUGUGUCUGUACCGUUGAGUACGAUUUUGGGGUUUGCUGAAGACUACCGUGAGAUCGUCGUUAACGCUAAACAUGAGUUAAUCUUGACAAGGUCUAAAACGGAUGCAAACGCGGUACUGCAAUCAGCGGACGAAGAUUACAAGAUUCGGAUCGACAAAGUGGAAUGGUUAAUACCUUACGUGCAACUGUCCGAUCAACGAAAAUUAGGGCUCCUGAGUUUCAUUGAAAAAGAUUUACCUAUUUCUAUGAGUUUCCGGACUUGGGAAUUGUACGAAUAUCCGAUGCUGCCUACAACAUCGAAACAUGUAUGGACCGUGAAGACAUCGACGCAGUUGGAGAAACCGCGAUACAUAUUAUCGGGUUUCCAAACAAAUCGGAAAAAUAACGCAAGAAGAAAUGCCAGUCGUAUCGAUCACUGUGACAUUACCGACGUCAAACUGUUUUUGAAUUCUCAAAGCUAUCCUUACGGCAAUAUGAAUCUUGACAUGAAUCAUAAUCAGUACGCUCUGCUGUACGAUAUGUACGCACAUUUCCAAGCCGUUUACUACGGUAAGGACCCCGAACCAUUGUUGAAAAAGGGUGAAUUCUUACAAUUCGCACCUAUAACCAUUAUUGACUGUUCGAAACAAAACGAAUCUCUGAAAUAUGGUCCAGUCGAUAUUCGUCUGGAAUUUGAGGCUAAGGAUAACUUCCCUACUGAAACAUCAGCCUAUUGUUUAAUUCUACACGAUCGUGUAAUAGAAUAUAAUCCAAUAAGUGGUGGGGUGAAAAAAUUGGUAUAA